CGGAACCGGGAUCCGAACCAGGACCCCCGGCCCGCCCCAAGCCCCCCGGGCCCGCCCGGGCUCUGCGCGACCCCCGCCCCGCCCUGACCCCCCUGACCCCGCCGCGCCCCCGGCCCGCCCCGGGCCCGCCCCCGGCGGUGCCGCCGCUCCCGGAAGCCCCGGGCAGGCGGGGCGGGUCCGGGGCCGCCGCGGGAGCGGAGCCGAGCGGGGCCGGACGGACCAUGGCGGGGGUCCCAGGGUGCCCCCUGACCGUGCCCCGUGCCCAGGCGGGGGUCCCGGACGGCGCGGGGGGCGCGGGGCGCGUGCGGGCGCUGCAGCAGGAGGUGCAGGGCGUCACCACCAUCAUGAGCCAGAACGUGGAGAGGAUCCUGGCCCGGGGAGAGAACCUGGAGCAGCUGCACAGCAAGAGCCAGGACCUGGAGGCCACGUCGGAGCACUUCCGCACCACGUCCCAGAAGAUGGCCCGGCGCUACUGGUGGAAGAACGUGAAGCUGCUCGUCAUCCUCGGCCUCGUGGGCGUCAUCGUCCUCAUCCUCAUCAUCCUCCUGGCCACCGGCACCAUCCCCACCUAGAGCCACUGUCCCCACGGGGACACGGCCACCCCCGGGCACCAAUACAGAUGGGGGGAGCCCAG